AUCAAUAUUCACAUAUAUAAUUGUAAUUUCUAUACAUGAAUAUGAGUGUAAUUAGUGGUUUUAAAGUAUUAAGGAAUUUUUAGAAAAUUUUCAAAGCAAUUAUAACAAUAGUAUAUCAAAAUUAUAAAAUAAUCUUAUAUUAAAAUUAUAAAGAAAUAGCCUAAAUAAUAGUAAAUUGAUGGUCAAAUAAGGAUUAAACGAAGUUCAAGGUAAAUUGGAGAAUAGUCGUUAUGUGGAUUUUCAAAUUAAAUCCCAUUGGUACCUAAUGAGUCUUUAAUUUUUAGAUUUUAUCGAAUCCACUUUUAUAUCCAAACCUUCAAACAUUUUUAACAAUACCCCUAUUAUACGUUUCCUACAAUUUAGGAAUAAUUUUAACAUAAUUUUGGAAUAUUUUAAGUGUAAAUUUAGGUACAUUUUAAUACCAGUUAAAUCGUAGGUCGAUGUGAACUUGAGUAGAUUAUAUCGAUUUAAAGUGAAUUUUUAAAAAAUUGAUGAUCAUUUUAAUUUGUAUGAUAUUAUAAUGGACGGUGUUUAUAUUUUGAGGACUUUUACCUCCUGGUACAGUAUCACCCUUUCCACGGGAAGUGAGCCCACUGGUCAGGAUAAUGGUGAGAUAUUUUCAGAGUUUAAGGAGUUUGUAAGUGGAUAUGGCACUAAACAGCUUUGGAUUGACCGCUCAACAUGCCAAAUUACAGAGUCGGUGAUACCUUUAACUGAGGAGGAUCCAGUGGAACAGACCCCGAUAAAUGCCUUCCUGGGCAUUGUUGAAGUUUUAAACACUUACCAUUUGGCUGUAGUUGUCCAGUCUGACCUAGUGGCUAAUCUUCAUAUGCCGGAUUUGACGCUUGGCAAGGCGGAAAGAGGAAAUAUCUACAGCAUAAAACAGGUCAGAUUCUUCCCAAUUAACUCGACUAAUUGCGUUUAUGCAGUCAAUAAUAAUUUACUGAACGUGACCAACUUUGGAAAUUUAAGCAAUUUUAGCAGUAUGGGAAAUUUUGGCAAUAUUGGAAAUCUAGGCAAUAACGUUAUAACGGGCUCCAACGAACAAGUUGAACUAACAUCGGAGGUUAACAAAGUCAUAGAAAAUCUGGAAAAAAUACUAUCCACUGGUUACUACUACUCUUUUGACACGGAUUUAACCCGUUCUUUACAAAACUUACAUUCAAACAAUUUCGUUCCAAUCAGCCGAUCCAACCCAAUACACAAAAUUAACACAAAUAACACUGAUGAUGUCACUAAGGAUAAGGAUAAUAAUGGAAAUGAGAUAAUAUACAAUAUGAGUGAUGAUGAAUAUAACUGGUGUCAUAAUAUGAGUAAGAAUAUGCCAAAGAGGUGGGUAACAGUGGUAAUACAGGGUUUCGUGGGUUACAUUUCAAGUGAAGUUGACGGAGAUUUUGUCGAGAUUUUACUAAUUGGUAGGCGUAAUGUUAAGAGAUCAGGUACAAGGUUUGUCGCCAGAGGUAUAGAUGAUCAGGGAAAUACUGCUAAUUCUGUUGAAACUGAAAUGAGAAUUCGGAUUAAUUACAAAGAUUGGUAUUCGUAUGUUCAAUAUAGAGGCUCAGUUCCAUUAUUUUGGGAGCAGUUGAAUUUUACAGCCCCAGUGAAUUUGUACAACUAUCACCUGAACUUUGACGCAUUUUCAAAACAUGUAGAUCAACUAAAAGAAAGAUACAAACCACUGGAACUAGUACUAUUCAUCAACCUUUUGGAUAUCAAAGAUAAUGAAAGAAUACUCACAAACUCGUUUCAACACUUAGUACAGCAAUAUAAUCGGAAUCAUCGCGUCAAGAGUGACAAUGGAGACAAGAGUAGUGGAGAUAGGAGUGAUAGUGUUAAUGGAAGAGUAAAAUUGGUGAUGGAGAAUUACAAUUACAACGUUAAUGCGAAGUGGUGUACAAAUGACGUUUUAAUCAAUUACAUUAACGAAAAUUUGUUGACACAUUUAAACACAAUUUCAUACUUUCACAAUACUGAUAAUGGUGAGGGCGGAAAGAAAUUGGAACUUCAAAAGGGAAUAGUCAGAACAAACUGCUUAGAUUGUUUAGACCGAACUAAUAUAUUCCAAUACGUUUUAUCGUGGAUCAUUUUCAACAAUGUUCUCCAAAACCAUAUCUCGCACACCAGCAAUAUUAGUGACACAGUUAAAAGUUCGGUUGACACUGGUAACAGCACUGAAACCGCCUCUAAUAAUGGUAAUAAUCCUGAGGAUGUGGUUGAAUUUGAGAGUAAUGAUUUGUUUAACAAGUUCACGCAAUUGUGGUGUGAUCAUGGAGAUUAUAUAAGUAUUCACUAUUCAGGAACGCAGUCGACUCUAUCAGAAAGAGUUAAACAGAGUAAUACGAGCAUUAACUCACUCCUUCACUAUGGUAAAACUAUGGUACAAAGAGUCUAUAGUUCAGUCUUUCAGGACUCCCAAAGGCAACAAAUUUACGAUAUUCUAACUUCAUAUACCUAUAAUGGAGUUAGAAGAGACCCACUAAAACGAAGCUUACUUAACAGUAAAUACUACAUACAAGAUCCUUUCAAUCAGGACGAUUCAACUCAGAAUGAUUCUGGCCAUAGUGAUCCUGCCCAGAGUGUUGGUGAGGGGCUGGAAAAUCCAGAGGAUGGAUUAAAAGUAGUGGAGGAAAACAGUGAAGAAGAUGAAGAAGUUAGUAACAUAUUCGAUCGCUUGAAUGACGAAAUUAUUAGUAAACUCACAAGUAAACCUAAAACUCCAGAGCCGGAAAUACCAGAUUUUAAACCUGUCACAACUAGUAUUAAAGAUAAAGAAUAUAGUGAGAAGGAAAGGUUUAAAUUAGUUGGAGAUGAUUUGAAAGUUUGGUAUGGUAGUUGGAAUAUUGGGGCUCAUGUGGUUGAGGUUGAUGAUAAUUUACUCAAUUGGAUUGAGUUGGACACGUUGGAAUGUGAUUUAUACAUCUUCAGUUUCCAAGAAUUCGUAGAAUUAAACUUCAUAAAUAUCGCUACUGGUAGAAGAGAUGAGAAUAAGGAGUAUGAGUUUGAGAGGUUGAUAGAGAAUAUGUUUUCGAUCUCAACUGACCAGAAGUAUUACAAAGUAUCUUCAAUCGCAAUGACGGGACUCUACCUGGUCAUCUACGCAAAACUGUCGCUCAAACCCUAUAUCACCAAUGUGCUUAUUACCAAUGUCAAAACAGGACUCAAUCUCAAUAUCGGAAAUAAAGGGUGUGUUGGUAUACGAUUUAGAAUAUUUGAUCAUUAUAUGUCAUUUUUGAACUUACAUCUGAAUUUUGGUAAGAAUUUGAAUAUCGGCCGAAUCGAAUUGAUUGAUUACAUACUAAAGAACUCUUUUAAGGAGUAUAAUAAAAGCGUAUUGGAGGAUGACGUGUUUGUUCUGGGAGGAGACUUUAACUUUCAAAUUCAGUUGGAGAAAGAUGUUGUUCUGAAGCAUCUGAAACGACUUGAGUUUGCAAAACUGUUCCACUACGAUGAGUUUAACAUGGCGAAGAUGAUUGGAAUUCCAUCACUUAAGUACCUUAACGAGCCAAAGAUACAAUUUUUACCAACUUAUAAAUAUAAAGAUGGGACCAAAUAUUAUACCACUAAAAGAUCACCUGCAUGGUGUGACAGGAUAAUAUACGGAGGAAAGUUGAACGAGAAGAAAAAGGUUCACGUCCUCAACUAUAAGAGGAACGAUAACCUAAUCAUGUCAGACCACAGACCAAUCUCAUCAAUCAUUCUCAUUAAUCUAUUCCAAUAAUUUUAUUUCAAAAUUUGAAUUCUUUUCGUACUAA